AUGCCAAUCAAGGUAGGGGAGCUAUCCGAGCUCCUCAACGCGCGCUAUGUGAUCCAUCUGUCUGAUGGCAAGCGCCUAGUGCUCUUCCGCUUGCCAUCAAUCGACUCAUCCCAUCAGAAGCCCCACGAAUCUUCAGAUGGCUGGUCAUACUACGCCAUGGAAGCAGAAUGUCCACAUGCCGGAGGCCCAAUGGAAGAGUCAAGCGUAGAUAUAGAAGAUUCGGCUUAUGUCGUGUCAUGUCCAUGGCAUGCGUACGACUUCAAUGUGGAGACUGGUGAAUCUAGCGUGGGUAUCAAGACAUGCACCUAUCCUAUUCGUAUUCAAGACCAGACCGUGUUUCUGAACUACACACAAGGCGAACAUGAUGUGAGGCUUAUCAAGCUCGAGGCUGUUUCCGAAAACAUCAAGCUGAAGCACCAUCAAGAUUCGGAUAAUUUUACAACAACAAACACUAGCAUAAUCACUUCACGCUCUUUGGAUGAAACAUCCUCCUUCUGUGACUGGGCUGUAGAAAUUCUUGAAACUGCAGAUCCAGAACGCAAGAUCGAGCUCACUCAUCGACUAUACACCAUAUUCAACAACCAAGAGACAUCUUCUUCGCCUAUGGCAUUAGGAAAGGGGACAGUCGUACCCCCUGAUCAGCCACCUCGACAGGGCUUAACAGAAGUCAAACCCUGGCAAUCCCAGUAUCAUGGACGGGGAGGUACGGUGAAGAGCAGAAUAGCAAUGCUACACGCUUUAGCGAACAUUGAAUUAUGGGCGAUCGACCUUGCUAUUGAUAUUUGCGUUCGAUUUGCAACUUUUCAUACGGAACAGAACAUACAUGAGCUACCACGAGCCUUUUUCCAAGACUGGCUGAAAGUGGCAAAUGAUGAGGCGAAGCAUUUCUCGCUGCUCCGCACCAGGAUCGAAGAGUUAGGCUCCUAUUUUGGUGCUUUAUCGGUACAUCAUGGUCUUUGGGAAUCAGCAACUCGAACUGCCCAUGAUAUCAGAGCCCGAAUCAGCAUCAUUGCCUUGGUUCACGAAGCCCGUGGCCUCGACAUCAAUCCGAUGACCAUCGAAAAGUUUCGCAAAUCAGGAGAUUUGGAAAGUGUCAAGGCUCUGGAGAUCAUUCAUCAUGACGAGAUCACCCAUGUUACCACAGGUCAUAGAUGGUUGGUUUGGAUUUGCGAUCAAGAAGAAACGGACCCUAUUCAAGUCUUUCGCAGUAACGUUCAAAAGUACUUUCGAGGUUCUAUUCGUGGACCAUUCAAUACGGAAGCACGACUGCAGGCCGGAAUGGAUCAACGAUGGUACAACAUUGACGAUGCUGUUAAAACUUGA